AUGAUGCAUAGAUAUUGUUUUGAAGCUCUAGACAGAACUCUAAGAGAUAUUCUUAGAUUUAAAGAUGCAUCCAAUUUAGAUCGACCAUUUGGAGGGAAAACGGUUGUUCUUGGUGGAGACUUUAGACAAAUACUUCCAGUCAUUCCAAAAGCAAUAGGUGAUGGUAUCAUUGGAAAUUCUGUUGAUGGUAUUGAUAAAGUUCACAUCCCUGAUGAUCUAAUCAUAAAUAAUUCUGGCGAUCCAACUUCAGCUAUUGUGGAAAGUACAUAUCCAGAUUUUUUAACUCAUUGCAGUGAUAUAACAUACCUGCAACAAAGAGGAAUUCUUGCUCCCACACUUGACAUGGUAGAAUCAAUCAAUGAAUACAUGGUAUCACUAAACCAUACUGAACCAAAAACAUUUUUGAGUUCCGAUACAAUUUGCAUGUCAGACGAUGCUUUUACAGGUUUGGAACACGUACAUACACCUGAAUUCCUAAACACUAUUAAGUGUUCUGGAAUUCCAAAUCAUGUUAUUACUUUGAAAGUGGGUGUCCCAGUGAUGUUAUUGAGAAAUAUAGACCCAUCUUCAGGGCUAUGUAAUGGAACAAGAUUAAUCAUCACUAGACUCGGAAAUCGGGUUAUCGAAGCAAAACUAUUAUCGGGAAAUAUGGCUGGACAAAAGGUGUUCAUUCCGAGAAUGUCAUUAACUCCAUCUGAUGCAAGAAUACCUUUUAAGUUCCAACGAAGACAAUUUCCAAUAGUUGUAUCCUUUGUAAUGACGAUAAACAAAAGUCAAGGACAAUCUUUAUCUCAUGUUGGCUUAUAUUUGAAAAAACCAGUCUUCACACAUGGCCAGCUUUACGUUGCUCUAUCACGUGUUACAAAUAGAAAGGGAUUAAAGAUUUUGGUUUAUGAUGAAGAUGGACAAAUUUCAAAUGAAGCAAUAAAUGUGGUUUACAAAGAGGUUUUCCGAAAUUUACUUGGAGAAUGA